AUGUCCUCCACGGCUCUCCCCAAGCGCGUUGCGCUGCACCGCAACCCCACCACCGACUCCUCGGUGGCCAGCUCCAUCGCCCCUUCCCCGAUGGACAGCCCUCGCCAGUCUCCUUCGACCACCUCCCUGUCCUCGCUGGCCUCCGAGGCGGAGGCUCGCAGCAAGAUGCUGGACACCUAUGGCAAUGAAUUCAAGAUCCCUGAUUUCACCAUCAAGCAGCUCCGUGAUGCCAUCCCCGCCCACUGCUAUGAGCGCAAGGCCUUGACCAGUCUGUCCUAUGUCGCCCGCGACUUGUUCUGCCUGGCCACCGUCUUCUAUGUCUUCCACAACUAUGUGACCCCGGAGAACAUCCCCUCCACGCCCAUCCGUACCGCAUUGUGGGCCCUCUACACCGUCGUGCAGGGUCUGCUCGGAACCGGUGUCUGGGUCCUGGCUCACGAGUGUGGACACCAGGCUUUCUCCCCGUCUAAGGUUCUGAACGACACCGUUGGUUGGGUCUUGCACUCGGCUCUCCUGGUGCCCUACUUCUCCUGGAAGAUCUCCCACGGAAAGCACCACAAGGCCACUGGCAACCUUGCCCGCGACAUGGUCUUCGUCCCCAAGACCCGCUCGGAGUUUGCUACUCGCGUCGGCCGGGCCGUCCACGAACUGAAUGAGCUGAUGGAGGAGACCCCCAUCCUGACUGCUCUCAACCUGGUUCUCCAGCAGCUGUUCGGAUGGCCCAUGUACCUCCUCACCAACGUCACCGGCCACAACAACCACGAGCGCCAGCCCGAGGGUCGCGGCAAGGGCAAGAAGAACGGCUACUUCGGUGGUGUCAACCACUUCAAUCCUUCCAGCCCUCUGUACGAGGCCAAGGAUGCCAAGCUCAUUUUCCUGAGUGACCUCGGUCUUGCCAUCACCGGAACCGUUCUGUACCUGGUUGGCUCCAAGUUUGGCUGGAUGAACCUUCUGGUUUGGUACGGCAUUCCCUACCUCUGGGUGAACCACUGGCUCGUUGCCAUCACCUACCUCCAGCACACUGAUCCCACUCUCCCCCACUACCACCCUGAUGUCUGGAACUUCGUCCGUGGUGCUGGCGCCACCAUCGACCGUGACUUCGGCUUCGUUGGCCGUCACAUCUUCCACGGCAUCAUCGAGACCCACGUUCUCCACCACUAUGUCAGCACAAUCCCCUUCUACAACGCUGAUGAGGCUAGCGAGGCCAUCCAGAAGGUCAUGGGCAACCACUACCGUACCGAGGCCCACACCGGAUGGACUGGUUUCUUCAAGGCCCUCUGGACCAGCUCCCGUAUCUGCCAGUGGGUUGAGCCCACCGAGGGCGCUGAGGGCGAGAGUGCCGGUGUCAUGUUCUACCGUAACACCAACGGUAUCGGUGUCCCCCCCGCCAAGGUUGCCCAAUAG